AUGCUCCUCAAAGGUACCUGGCAGCUGCGUACAAGGUACCAGAAGCUAAAGACAAGUACGGCAAGAAAAGAGGAUAGGGUGAGGGAUAGGGCCAAGCUGAAGCGGCAGAAGCUGGAUGUGCGUCCGUCAUCGAAGGAGCUCAAGUGCUGUGCUGUGCUUUGCCUCCCGAUCUGCUCUGGCUCUGGCUCUGCUCUUGGUACCUCUGGUAGCUCCGGGUACAGGUUUGUACAGCAUGUGCACAAAGCAGCCAAUCUCGAGUACGGACUCUAUACCUGGUCACCAGGCAGCCAGCCGUCGUACGCCCAGGUACCGCGCCAGUACCAUCUGCCGAAUCACAAGUCAAACGCUGCUAGAGAUUGCCUUGGCCCAAAGGCGAGCCAACUCCACUGCAAAGCUGGCGCUCUCAUCACCUGGCAGUGGGCACUGGCCCAGCGCAGCGCAGCGCUCCAGGCUCCGCCCCGAGAACCCCCAAACCCCAAAACCAAUUCAAAUCUCAAUCCACAAUCAAAAUAUAAACACUCUUCUCGCCCCAUCCUCAACCGCAUCCCACCUCAGACACCCGCAUCAUCCUUUUUUCUGCCACCAACGACUCCGCAACCGCACGCCUCUUUCUCCCCUUCCAAGCAUCACAGACUCUCAGUCACCAUGGCCACCGAGCGUGAAAGCAAGACCUUCCUGGCCCGCCUCUGCGAGCAGGCCGAGCGUUACGAUGAGAUGGUUACCUACAUGAAGGAGGUCGCUCAGCUGGGCGGUGAGCUCAGCGUCGACGAGCGCAACCUCCUCAGCGUCGCCUACAAGAACGUUGUCGGCACCCGCCGUGCCUCGUGGCGCAUCAUCUCCUCCAUCGAGCAGAAGGAGGAAUCCAAGGGCUCUGACAAGCACGUCUCCACCAUCAAGGAGUACCGCAGCAAGAUCGAGCUCGAGCUCGAGAAGGUUUGCGAGGAUGUUCUCGAUGUCCUGGACAAGAGCCUCAUCCCCAACGCCGCCACCGGCGAGUCCAAGGUCUUCUACCACAAGAUGAAGGGUGACUACCACCGCUACCUUGCCGAGUUUGCCUCUGGCGAGAAGCGCAAGGUCGCUGCCACCGCCGCCCACGAGGCCUACAAGAACGCUACCGACGUUGCCCAGACCGAGCUGACUCCCACUCACCCCAUCCGUCUCGGUCUCGCCCUGAACUUCUCCGUGUUCUACUACGAGAUCCUCAACUCCCCCGACCGUGCUUGCCAUCUCGCCAAGCAGGCUUUCGAUGAUGCCAUUGCCGAGCUCGACUCUCUCUCCGAGGAGUCUUACCGCGAUAGCACUCUCAUCAUGCAGCUCCUGCGUGACAACCUGACCCUGUGGACUUCAUCCGACAGCGGUGAGGCCGAGCAGGCCGGCGAGGCCAAGAAGGACGAGGGUGAAGCUUCCAAGCCUGCCGAGGAAGAACCCAAGGCUGAGGAGCCCGCUCCCGAGGCUACUUCCUAA